ACCAGGAGAAGCUUCUGGAAGCUUCCUCCUUGACUCACUCAGCAAGGCUUUUCCCUGUGCUGAUUUUGCUUUGUAUCCUUUUGCCUUAAUAAAUCAUAGUCAUGAGUCCUCCUAGCAGAUCAGGGAACCUGGGGGUAGUCAUGGGUUUCCUGGACACAUAGCCCUUUAUAGAAAAAUUCUGCUGAACCUCAUUCUACAUAAACACCAUCACACCCUAGAAAAGAAACAAUUAUCCUGUACCAUAAUCUGCACAGAGUCUGUAUGAAAACUUUCUCAAUUAUUUCCAAAAUGACUUCUUAGCUUUUUCUUUAAACCAGAGUCCAGUCAAGAUUUUAUGUUGCAUUCCCUCCUCUUACAUCUAUUCAUCCAUUCAGUCCUUGCUUAGGACAUUAACUUUGUGAAGACGUCAGAACAGCUGUCUUGCAAACUGUCCCAGACCUGAGUUCGUGGUUUUCUCAUGCACUGUGGGCAGCCUUCCUCCACAUCCUGAAAGCAGGGGUGCAGACCGAGGCUGGGCGAGCUUGAGGCUCAUCUGCCCCACAAGUGACCCUGGUGUCAGCCAGCGCUCUUGCUCCAAUAGACGCCAACUGUUGCUCCUUAUCGCACUUUCUUGAGACAUUGACGACGUCCAGCCCAGACGGCAGCAGGAUGCCUAGAAGCCCCCUUGCCACACAUCCCCUCCCCGCCCACGAUCAGGGCUGAGCACACACCGAACCCCACGCUUGGUCACGCACUCUCCGCCUGCUCUCUGGCCUGCACCCCGACCCUCUCUCUAGACAGCUCUCGGUGUCCGUCUUGCCGGCGGUGGAGAGGUCCGUGGUUGGGGCUGCCGCCACCCAAACUAAACUCCUCCCUUUCUCCUUUCCAAUUAUCCGCUUCUCUCGGGAGGGGCUCAUCCGACUUGGUUCGGCUCCUCCUGGCCAGGCCGCCCGAGUCCCACAAGGGCUUCCGUCCCGUCCCCGAGUCAGCGGCUGUGACAGACCCCGGGGCACGUGGCGGGCCCCUCGGGGCGCGGCUGAAACCCGCCCGCGCCGCCGCUCUCCCUCGGUGACUUUCGCCGGAGUCAGUGGUCCACGGGGGCCGCACGGGGUCUUUCUCCAACCCCUCACCGGCCGGGGUGAACUACAGUCCCCUAGCAGGCGCACGCUUCGCGGCCUCUCUUUAAGCGGACCCUCGGCAGAACCAGGCGACUCGCCCACUACGGGGCCCGGCCGCUAAGCGGCGGCGCCCGCGGCCGGGAGCGGCGGUCGCGGCCCUGUGACGUCACGCGCAGCCCGAGGGAGCCCGGCGCGGCCCUGUGACGUCACGCGCAGCCCGAGGGAGCCCGGCGCGGCCGUGUGACGUCGCGCGCGCGCCGAGUGGAGAAGACGUGGUCGCGGAAGCCCGGGGGUCCGGGCCGUUCGCCAUGGUUCCGCGCGUGCCGCUCCCGCCGGAGAUCCAGCUGGCCCAGCGGCUGGCCGGAAACGAGCAGGUGACCCGGGACCGGGCGGUGAAGAAGCUCCGGAAGUACAUCGUGGCCAGGACCCAGCGGGCCGCAGGUGGCUUCACUCAUGACGAGCUGCUGAAGGUCUGGAAGGGACUGUUUUAUUGCAUGUGGAUGCAGGACAAGCCGCUCCUCCAGGAGGAACUAGGGAGGACCAUUUCCCAGCUCAUCCAUGCUUUCCAGACCACAGAGGCACAGCAUCUGUUCCUUCAGACAUUCUGGCAAACCAUGAACCGCGAGUGGACAGGCAUCGACAGACUGCGCCUGGAUAAGUUCUACAUGCUCAUGCGGAUGGUCCUGAAUGAGUCCUUGAAGGCCCUGAAGACGCAGGGGUGGCAAGAAAGGCACGUCGAGCAGCUGCUGGAGCUGCUGACGACGGAGAUCCUGCACCCUGACAGCCAGGCCCCCAGCGGGGUGAAGAGCCACUUCCUGGAGAUCUUCCUAGAGGAGCUGAGCAAAGUGGGCGCCGCUGAGCUGACGGCAGACCAGAACCUCAAGUUCAUCGAUCCCUUCUGCACGAUUGCUGCUCAGACCCAGGACUCCCUGGUUUUGCAUAACAUCACUCGGGGCAUCUUUGAGGCGAUCGUGGAACAGGCCCCGUUUGCCAUCGAAGACCUCAUGAAUGAGUUGGAUGCACAGGAGGAGGAGGAUGGCAUGUCGGAGGACGAUGAGCACGAGCAGGAUGUGCUGUCCAAGGAGCCAGGCUCCCCCCAUGGGGCUGCACGCGACAGGAGUGAGAAGCUGCCAGGAGAUGGUGAGGACAGCGUGGGCCCUGUCCUCCAGUUUGAUUACGAGGCCGUGGCCAGCAGACUGUUCGUGGUGGCCAGUCAGCAGGGCACCCCUUCCCAGAACCGGAAGCGCCUCUACAAAGUGAUUCGGAAGUUGCAGGACCUUGCUGAAGGCCUCUUCCCAGAGGAUGACGUGCCCGAAAAAGCCUACAGGAACCUGCAGGAAGAGGGGCAGGAGAGGAGGACAAAGAAGCGGCCCAAAUCCAGGUCACAGAAGCAGCCAGGGAAAGGCGGGAAGGAGGACUCACGGCCAGACCCGAGCUCCGGAUCCGAGAGGAGGAUGAGGCGGCGGCGGCGGCGGGGCUCGGGGACUGAGCCCACGGGGCCGCAGGAGCAGCUCGGGGGCCCAGGUGGGAGAGGGGCUCGAAAGAAGAGGCGGCGGCUUCGGGCGGGGGCCAGAGUGAAGGUGGCUGGUUGCCAGGAGCUACAGACCAAGCAGCGGCCGCUGCAGAGCCGGAAGUGACCGCAGCAGGCCCAGCACACGCAGGGGGGCGCUUUCCCUGUGGCUCCUCCGUUUUGCGCUGAGUGGCGUUGGGGCGCAGGACCGCAGGGCCCUGCUCCCGAGACUCUGGACACGGACACCUGCGGCUCCCUGACGUACUGUGUUGGCAGAGGGUCGGGCCCCUUGCUCGGUGUCCGUGCUUCAGAGCGUGGACGCCGUGCUGACCUUGGUCAGGCCAGGAAGUCCCCUGAGACCUAAAACUGCCUGGGGCCGGGGACUGGCCCCACAUGGGGGGUGUCCAUGAAUAAAAUGCUCUGCAGCUCUUA